CUUCAAGAAAAUCCAUACCAAACCAAAAAACAAAAUAAUCAAAGCUUAGAUAACAAAAAAAUGCACAACCAACAAGAAACAUUAAUACUAGAAGCCCGAACACUAGUAAUGCCCUUCAUAUACUUAUACUACACGGCAUGCAUCCUUUCGCUAGGCAUAGUGCCCAUCACGAUGCGCAUGUUUCCGCUGCUCAAGAUAAAAUGGACAACCUGCAGGAGUUCUUUAGACCGUUGCACACACGUACUUGUACAGAGCAACACAGGAUUUGAGUUUGUUGAGGUUGAUGUGAUAAAUUUGAAAAAAUUUAGGAAGUUCAAGAACAGCGUGUAUGCUGAGCUUAAGAGCUACAUACAUGAUGAUACGGUGCGGGUGCUUACCACCAAUUUUAUGAGGUUUGUUUAUGAUUAUGGCAAGGAGUGCUUUGUACGGCCAAGCGGCCGUUAUAGCAUACCGCUCAGCAACCAUAUUAUGUAUGGAGAGAAUACGCUUGCUACACGUACGUACACCGUGUCACAGAUAGUUGUUAGGCAUUUCACAUCUAAUUUGUUUCUUUACAUCCUGGUGUGCGUGUUCAUAUGGUCACAGAUAGAUUACCUGACAUAUUCUGUUAUACUCCUGGUGAUGGCCCUGUAUUCGAUCAUCAACGACGUGAUCGUUGAUAUAAGAAACAAGAACAGCGUAGACCGACUGUCCAGGAUAAAGAAGAGUAUGAGCGUGUUUAGGGAUAACCGGUUCAGAGAGCUUAACACAAGGAAUUUGUUCCCAAAUGAUAUUGUGGCCAUAGCACCCGGUGAGAUAGAGGCGGAUGUACAGAUACUUUCUGGAGAGGUGAUAGUUGAUGAAAGCUUUCUUACAGGUGAAAGUAUACCGGUGUACAAGAAGAAGGGCGGUAUUGUGCGCGCAGGCACCGUAGUGAUGGAGUGUAGAGAGGACAACGAGCCGUUCUGUCCGUCAAGCGAGUAUGAGAUGGUGCGGAUUAAUGUACUUGAUGACAGGAGUGGUAAACGAAGGAGCGUACGGCAAGGCACUGCGGAGAGGACCGGAUUGGAUAGGAAUGGAGUGAAUGAGCAUGAAUUGGAUGGUAACGAGGUGAAUGAGAGAAAAAAGCAGGAAAGGAGUGCACCAGAUGAAAACAUGGUGAGCAAAGAAUCGAAUGUUAACGGUGAAAUGGAGUAUGAGACGGGAAAAGACAAACAAACAGAAGAAAAUAUGGAGUAUGCGGCCGUAACACGAGAUACCACGGGAAUAGCCGGCAAGAUGGCACACUCAGACCGAGGUCAUCCCAGUCCAUACCACAAGCACGUAAUAGGCCGUGUGAUAAGCACCGGAUUCAACACCACAAAAGGCACUCUCAUCCGAAACAUUCUGCUCCCCGCCAAGCCCAAUCUUAAAUUCUUCAAUCAAUCCAAAAAGUUGUUGCUCAUCAUGUUCUGCAUAGGUACAGUAAUCAGCAUCCUAUACUUCCUAUUCUCACUGUUCCAUGAGAUAAGCGUAAAGAAUUCGCUGUAUUAUUCCAUUGAUCUGAUAGUCACCAUAAUAACGCCUGCCCUGCCAGCCGCGAUAUGGAUCGGCAUGAACCUGUCGGUCAAGAGUUUGAAGCUUAGGCGUAUCAUGUGCAACGAUAUAAAUCGGAUUAAUACGAUCAGUGAGAUAAGCACGGUCGUGUUUGAUAAAACAGGCACGUUGACUGAGGAUGGAUUGGAUGUACACAUGAUUGAUGUAGAGCGCGGUGAUGAGGAUGAAGAUGUAGAGAUUGAUGAUGUAGCGGGGAGUGCUUAUGAUAAGUACCAUAGUGGUAAUUACUACAACGCGUACGGCAAUAAUGGUAGUGAUUACGACGCAGUUACCGAUCUUAAACGCGCAAGCAACCUCAGAAAUAGCAAUGAUGCAUCGAGCACUGAUACGGAUAAUACGAGCACCGUGGUAACGAUAGCCAAAGGGCACAGUGCAGGAGGUGAUAAUAACGAUGCAAGCAGCAACGCUCAUCCACGCGGUACAGCACCAAAAAAGUUGAAAAACAGCUUUCUUAUGCUCAUAGGGAUGUCUACGUGUCACUCUGUGGUAACAAUAAACAACGAAUGCCUUGGCGAUCCUUUGGACGUGAAAAUGUUCAAGUACAGCAAAGCAUCGAUGCACGAGAACACGGUAACAGUGAACGAUGAUGUGCCGCAUCGGUGCAGGGUGCUUCAUAUCAAUGAGUUUGAUCCUACGAGAAGACGUAUGAGUGUUGUUGUUGAGUUUGAGGGAAAAAGGUACGUCUUUGUGAAGGGGUCUGCUGAGAGCAUAGGCGGAUUGUUAAGAGAUAAAUCUGAGGUGUACGAUAAGAGGAGCAAUGAGCACGCGUUAGAGGGUUACCGUGUGAUUGCCAUGGCGUACAGGUGUAUCGAUGAGGAUUGCGGCGGCAAUCGUAGUAAAAUAAGGAAAGAAAGUAACGGCCACGAUGACGAUUCUCUGUCUCGUCCAGUUCAUCGCGAGCAGGGUAUCAGUUCUGGUACGAGUGACCGCGAUCAAGACGGUAGCCGUGAUAAAAACAGUCCUGGUAAAAGUACCAACCGCGAUGAAAUUGCUAAUCGUGACCAGAACAAGCACCAGAAUUACGGUCAGCAAAACGAACAGAGCCUUACAUUUCUUGGUUUCAUAAUAUUCGCCAACAAACUAAAACCAGCAACCAUCCCCGUAAUACACAACCUAAAACUUGCAGAUAUCACCUGCCUGAUGGCAACCGGUGAUAACAUCCUCACAGCAAUAUCGGUGGCAAAAGAAUGUGGAAUGAUAGAACAGGACACACCCAUCAUAUUCCCCGUGUUGGAAGAAAAGAACGAAAUCGAAAAGAAUGAAAUGGAGUGGUGCGUGAUAGGGGAGGGCAGCUACUAUUUCGAUAAACUGCGGCGGAAGCUGUUCAAGGAGAGUAACGAGGUGGAGUACGUGAUUGCCAUUGAAGGGCGAGAAUUUGAGGAGCUGCUGGAGGAUGAGCAAAUACUCGAUAAGACGAUCGUUUACGCGCGGAUGAACCCCGAGCAGAAGAAAAUGCUGUGCAACCGCAUGGAAUGCAUUUUUGUGGGAGAUGGUGCCAACGAUGUAGGGGCGUUGCAGAGCAGCACGGUAGGUCUAGCACUGAACAAGAAUGCAGCAACGAUGAAUAGCGCGUUUGUGAGCGAUGUGCUGGACAUAUCGAGCGUGGAGGUGCUCAUUAGGGAGGGGAGGUGUGCACUGGUCACAUCGUUUUGUACGUUCCGGUUUAUGCUGUUCACAUCGCUCAACCAGUUCAUAUCGUUCAUCGUGAUGAUGCUGUUUUUCGUGUUCGCGAGCGAAGUGCAGACGAUGCACUACGACAUCGCCAUUGUUAUACCCGUGGCGUACACGAUCGGUUUGUUUAAGUGCUCGCACACGCUCAGCAUGGAGAUGCCGCGGUGCGAAAUACUAAGCGUGCGCUUCGUGUUCACGUUUGUUAUGCACCUCGCGAUUGACAGCGUGUUUUUGUUGUGCUGCGCGUUUGGCAGGCAUAGCGGCACUGCCAACCAGUACGAGUACAAGACAGCGAUGUCCACCCUUGUGUUCUUUAUGACAGCCGUACAGGCCGUCAAUAAAGGAAUUAUACUCACGGAUGGACAGCCGCACAGGGAGGGUAAAAUGCGUAAGAAACCGUUCGUGUUGGUGAUCGUGCUCUCGUACCUCGUUCUGAUCGCUGUAUUUGUUCUAAUGCUGUUCAAUGGCACGUUCGUGAAAUGGUAUGAUUUUGAGGUGCUCACCCUCAAGGAACGCGUUCUUCUCGUGGCAGGUAUUUUUUUUAACACCGUGAUCAGCUUUUUGUUUGAGUACGUUCUCAAGGAAAGGAUGCUGAUGGUGUUCUGGGGGAAGGAGGACACGGUAAGCGAGUAUGAUGAGUAAAGAUUGUUAUUGAUAGUUGAGUUGUAUUGCUAGGAUUGGUUGAUGUUUUAUAAGAUUGGGAGAGAGGAUCAGUUGAUAAGACCGGUCAUGCUCGUAAUCGGUAGUACUUGUGCUGCCCAUUCUGAUAAGACGUGCCUUUUAUGUUUAUAUGAGGUGAACGGACCGCAAUAAGUAAUCAAUAAACAUAAUUUUGUGAA